AUGUUGUUUGACCUGACUUCCUCUCUCUUUCUCUCCCUCUCUCUCUCAUUAGCUGAUCCUAAUAAUGGUGCUGCUUGGGGUGAAUGGACAUCUUGUUCGGCUACUUGUAGAACUGGCCAAAGAACCAGAUCAAGGAAUUGCGGUCACUCUGAUCCGAGCCAGUGCCAAACUGAAACUGAAGAUUGUAAUAGGCAAGAUUGUCCCAAUCCACUAAGAGGUUUAAAAAGUUUGGGUUGCUACGCAAUCCCAGCUGUAACAACAGAAUUGAAACUAUUGGAAAACCUCACCCCAGACCUCUCUGACAGUGCCAUCACUCGCGAAAAAGCAGUUGAGAAAUGUGGUAUGGGUGCCCUCUACUUCAACUACAAAGCCUUCAGUGUCACACUGGGAUUCUGCAUCUCUAGCUCUAACAGGACGGAGGCCUAUACUCAGUUCCAAGGAUACUCCUGUAGAAAUGGGAAAGGCGGAAAUUUUGAUCAAUUCUUGUUCAUGGACGUUCACGAAAUAGAAGAGCCCCAGGCACAUUCGGAUGCUCUCCAAGAAGUCCUUUACUCAUUCACAAUAGUGAGGCCUUCGUCCACUGUAUCUACGCAUUCAACCACUUACAAAGUUGAGGCUACCAAUAAGCCUCCAGAUUCAUUCCCAAGCUCAUCAUUUAUUGCAGUUCCCAGCAUUGUGUCUCUGUGCGUGGCUUUGCUGGCUGUACUUGCAAUUGUUUUCUUUUAAAGCUAAUGCAUAAACAGUUUAACUUUCAUCUCUGCUGUAGCUUCCAUUACUGCUGUUGACUUUAAUUUCCUUUUCUUUUAAUUUCUUAUUUUAGAUAAAAUUCAUAAUGGAAUGAACUUUGAGCUUUAUUACCAAUGAUUAAUUAAAACGCAUCAUUUUAAUUUUAUUGUAUUGU